CGAGGAAAUCCAUUCAGGUAUUGGCAUAACUUUUUAUUAAAAAAGUAUCCAAAGAAUUCAGGAUUCAUUGUUUGAUAGUUUAUUGCCAGGUUCGGAUUCCAACGCGCUACCGAAGUUGCCAAGGUAACAGUCGCUCACAGGAAAAAAAUCUAGUAUUCGCUAUACAACUUGAAAGUAAACUUCCAGUUCAAUAACUAAUAAUGGCCACAAGUUCUACAGAAAAACCUGUUCUACAGAGUAAUUCGAGUGCGCAGAAACGUUUUAUGGAGAAAUUAAUGCGGAAAAUAUUUUGCUUCUAUGACGGACAGUAUCUAAUGGAUGUGGUGUUUAAUGUUUUAAACUCAACGUGUCUUAUUCCCGCUCAUCGUUUGAUAUUAUCAGCAGCAAGUCCUUACUUCAAGAACCUUUUCAAUGCUGAUCAAGGCAUUAAUCCCACCGUCGAAAUAAAUGAUAUUGAUAGCGAUACUUUAGAGCGUUUAAUAAUCUUUUGUUAUACCGGCCAGCUGCCGAUUACCGUUAGCAAUGGCGGUGCGAUGCUAAAGGCGGCAAUCGUUUUGCAACUGGACGAUGCCAUAAGCACUUGUGUGGACUACAUUGUAACACAUAUCAAUGAUUACACAUUGCAGCGUGCUUAUACACUAGAGCGUGAAACGGAAUGUGAACUACUUAAGCAAAAAAUCAUCGAAUACGAAAUACAGAAUUUCAUGAAGGUGAGCCAAAGCGACGAGUUUAUGAAUUUUGAUGUUGAAAAAUUGCAAGGCAUUCUCGAAUCUGACAAUUUGAAUAUAACUCGUGAGGAAGAUGCCUAUGAUGCCAUAAAACUCUGGAUUAACCAUGAUGUCCGUGCUCGUCAAGAACAGCUACCACUUUUAAUAGCUUCUCUGCGGCUUACCCAACUCUCUACGGACUUUCUGUUGACACACAUACACCCGUUACCAGGCUGUGAGCUACUGGCCAUGAAGGCGGUGUUGUGGAUCAGUGAGCCUAAAGCACGGACUAAGAUAAACAUCCGAUUUACAGAACCACGGGUGUUCAGUGCUGGAAAUUGUAGUGAGACAACUUUGCUGGCAGUUUGCUCAAAGAUGAAUGGUUCAAAUCUGCUACAAUAUAACAAGACUGAGGAUGAGUGGCAAGACUUUGCGAGUAUAAAAUUCGAUUACCGGUGUUUUAGUACUAUUUUACAGGAUGAUAAUAUAUUAUUCAUUGGAGGUUGCAAUAAAUAUACAACAUUCAACAAUGUUCUCUGCUGGAAUAUACGAAAUAAAACAUGUCGAAAUUUGCCGGCCAUGAACCAAGCAAGAUACUGGCAUUGUGUUGUCGAAUUAGAUGAGAAAAUUUACGCGAUUGGUGGGCGUGUGGGUAAUGAAAAUCUGUCGUCAGUAGAAAGAUAUACGAAAUCCGAUGGUUGGAAGUUCGUUAACAGUUUGAUUGUGGGACGAGAGGGUGCCGGUGCAGUAUCUUUGAAUGGUAAAAUAUACAUAGUGGGCGGUUAUUGUGGGAACAGUUCUUUAAAAUCCGUCGAAUGCUACAACCCGGAUUCGAAUACCUGGACUCCUUGCGCAGAUAUGAAAACAUGUCACUAUUUGCCGGGGGUAGCUGCACAUAAUGGUCAUAUUUAUGUAUUAGGUAGUUGGUGGCGCAAAAGUAGCAGAACUGUUGAACGUUAUGAUCCUCAGCAAAACAAAUGGUCUCAGAUUUAUUGUUUGGAAGGUGUCUAUGGCAAUAUCGCUGGCGUAUCGCUAGAUAAUAAACUAUGGGCUCUUGGUGGCACCUCUAAUUCUGAUGACAAGACAAGUCUAUUAGUUUAUGACGAGGAAACUUACUGUUGGGAACAAAAGUGUUCAUUAUUAAGAAGAGGCAGAUAUUCCUGUUUUGUGGUACCUGCAGCUUUGCUGGCGUCUGAAUGA